AUUUUACUGCCUUGUUCACAAUGCUAGGAACACCAUGUCAAGUUUGUACCGAGAAUCCUUCAAAGUACAAAUGUCCAACGUGUAAAAUACCUUACUGCUCACUCAACUGCUUUAAGAAGCACAAAGAGAUACCAUGUUAUGAAACUAAGGUGCAGCAAGCGCCCGCUAUACAGGAAUCACAGCAGAAAACAUCCUCCAGCAAAGAUGUGCUAAAGGACGACGAUGAAUUCCUUCUGAGUCAAGAGCAACUGCGCAACUUGAGUCGAUCAGAAGCAAUCCAUGAUUACCUUAAACAUCCACAAAUCCGCAACUUGAUAUCCGCCAUUGAUUCAUCCAAAGACCCCGCCAAAAUGCUGGAUCAAGCUCGACAAAAUGACCCUGUAUUCGGCAAGCUCGUUGAAGAGAUGUUAUAUACAGUAACAGGCAAGAAGGCGGGAGAAGAUGAAACCUCAUGAUAGACUUCCGAACGCUUCCUUUAUUAUAUUU